CUUCAAUCCCCCUCCAAACUCUCCACCCCUUUCUACUUGCCCAACUGAAAUCUACUUCAACUUCCCCUCUCUUCUUACGACACAAGCACUGAAUACUUGCAGUCAGUCUUCCUGCUUUCGUUCCUGUGAAUCUAAGAGGAACCAUCGGAAAGUCACCCUUGCGAGGCAGCAAGGCAGCUGUUAUCAUCCCUACCAAUCCCCUUCCCCAGGGCCAUGCUGCUGCUGGUUUGAUCGCAACACCGGUCUAUUCCCACCCAUGAUCUCUGCCACUCAUUCCCGACCACUACAAUACUUUCUCUGAGCACUCUUAGGACAUAAAGGAGUUACUGGCCGACCGCACGAAACGACACCGCCUUUCCUUCCCAUGUCGACAGCAUCGACCCAGUCCCGAGGGCUCAAUCGGCGGAUCAACAGCAUUCAAAAUGAAGCUCGCCAUUCGCGCACGCCCUCGGGGUCUCGCAGACGUCCCGUAAACUCCACCACUGCUUACACCUAUGCGCUGCGGGUCGCCUACUUAGCCUAUCUUCUCCAACCACGAUUGCGUCGAGUUCAGACUGCACCGGUCCCGCAGCGGCCCAAGAGAGCGUCAACCUCCUUUCACGAUUUGAUGAGCGAUUUUUCGCUCGUCCGAGAUUCGAAGAGUACUCGGAUUCCCCACGGCUUCAUAUCAGAGCUGGAAAAGAGGCUGACUGGGGUCCUGAUUGGAAAAGAGAAGCGGAAAGAGUACCAAGAUCCGCUGGUCGUGAGGACCUUUGCUGCUUUUCUCAACACCCUCAAGGACCAGUCGUUCAAGAAGCGCAUGGAGAAGGACCGGCGGGCUGAAGACCUCGUUCUCAUCUUCUAUUCGAAUGCGACCAAGGAACUGAGCAAGGGAAAGGAACCCGACGAUGAUCACUGGAGACUCAUGGUGGACAGACACGUGGCUCUUUUUGUCCGUUUGUUUGCACUUAUUCUAAAAGAUCACGACUGGGCUAAAGAACGGCCCGAACUGGCAAAUCGCCUGUCGGUUCUAGAGAACAAACUGCUGUCUCAGGAUCAGGAUCUUGUGCAAACAAAUGGCCCCUCCAGCGUAGAAGUUAUAGCCCCGUUAAGCUACGAUAUCAAGGACAUGCCCCUCGUGCAGCACGUUGCAAGCAUCUUUGAUGUGAACCUGAGCCAGGUUCAAGCCGAUAUCAAUAAUAAUCGAGGAGUCUGGACGGGUCAAGCCGCCCUGCGAGAUUUGAAGACCUACCAGGCUCAUUUAACCCUGAAAACUCGAAAGACAUUGUCCCGGGAAGACUUUGACAAUGAGGAAGCAUAUGAAGUGUGGAAGAAGAAUGAAGGUCCUGAUCUAUCCCAGAUGAUGCUUGCGAUUGUGCAAUCGAACCCUGAACUAGCCAAGAGCACUCCAGGAGGUGCCCUUCCACAGUUCAAUCCGAGUGCGACGGAUCAAGAUCUAGCUGGAGAAUUUUCGAGAACAAACUCUGAGCGGCCAUCAUCAUACGUUAUAGAUCAGCCUGUGGAUCUCAGCUCAUUAUCCCUCGCUGAUGAUGGCAUGUACGGGAGUGACGAAUCUGAUACAUAUACCUACAUACCGCAGGACCCCCGGUCAAUGUACCGGUAUAUACUAGCCCAAACCCUUGGUCACGACUUGAAAGACCGUGAACUUGAGGCUGCCCAGGCUACAUCCGAGGCUCCCCUUGUGAAGCUAUUGUCAAAGCAGUCGACCGAACUCCUGAAUGAGAUAUGUCUUCGCUGGCGAAUUCCUGCAUUUUCAAGGAUAGUCCUCUUUCUGGAUGUCGUGCGGUCUAAAUUUGUCGAUAAUGAAAUCGACCUUGACACCCUCGACUCGGCAUUUUCAUUUGUUAAGGAAGCACCGAACUCCGAUGGCAGGAAGCGCAGUAGCUUCGUGGCUUCGGCUUUGUUUGACCGUACGAAAUGGACCAUUCAUGAUCUUCUAUUGAUGCAACAGAUACUGUCCUCCCUUCACGAGGCGCUCCUCAGAGAACUCUAUGAUGUUAUGAUGGACUGUUACGAAACUAAACCACGUCCAAUCGGUCCGGUCAUGUACAUACUGGAGAAUCACAUUCAGUUGGACCCUAACUAUACCGAGGAUUUGGAAGAUAUCGAUCGUUUCCGCUCGUACGUGCAGGACGGACUGGCGCAGAAAGCCGCUGAGAAAUACCAAGAACUUUUGGGCCAGCUCAUUCCGGUGCAGCCAGAAGAGUGGGAAGUAGACCAUGUGAUCCAGUUGUGUGAUGCCAUCACCAAACUUGCGCAGAAAAUUCGAAAGCGUUAUCGCAACAAUCCAGAAAUCAUGGGGGUCAAUCCUUAUCUGAUUCUACUCUCAAACGUCCUUCCGAUCUUCUCGGAAGAUGCUCACGAGAUGGUGGCUCGGAUAAUAGAAUUGGAGAAGGUGCGAGGGGAAGAAACUGACAUACAAGAUGGAUUCGAUCUCUACCGUCGACUGGCAGGUAUCCGUCGUCUCUUUACCGAGGCAAUGCCAGACACAUCAUUUCCAUUCCAUGUGGAAGGCCUGAUGGAGAACUUUGUCUGGCGAUGGAUCCGCCUGACAGACCAGAAGGUCAUGGAUUGGGUUGAGCAAGCAGUGAAACAGGAUGCUUUCCACGUCCGAGCUGAUGGCUCAGCCGAGGAGAUUCCCGAGGAUUACAGACACAGUGUGUCCGUCAUCGAUAUUUUCCGAUCAUUUAACCAAGUAGUGGAACAGAUGAUACAGCUGGAAUGGGACGAUGACUUGCAGUAUGCAAAAUUCAUGACGGCUCUCUCCAAGUCUAUUGGCAGCGGUGUCGCGAGAUACUGCGAAUCAUUGGAGCAGAUGUUCGCUAAGGAGAUGGAUCGUCUUUCUCCGGAUCAGGAAGCGGCCAUUAACCAAACGGCUCAGGAGAAGUUGAUGCAGAUUGCUAAAGAGGCAUGGACAAGUAAAGAGAAAAUCGAACCUUUCCAGUUCUUUCCUGAGUCUUUGGUUAAACUCAACAACGUUGAAUAUGCACUUUCACAGCUUGAUAAGCUCGAGCAGGAAAUCAACGUGGACGGUUGUGCAGAGGUUAUAGCAAGACAUGCGGCACCGCAGUUGCAAAAAAUACGCAAGUCUACGACCUAUGUCUUUACUAUCAAGGUCGUGGAAGCCGAAGAUUUAAAGGCCUGCGACAUGAAUGGAGGAAGUGAUCCUUAUGUGGUUCUGGCUGAUGAAUAUCAGAAGCGCAUUGCAAAGACUCGCAUCAUCUAUAACAACCUCAACCCACGGUGGGACGAUGCCGUCGACAUUACCACACAGGGUCCUCUGAACAUCAUCGCCACUAUCUGGGACUGGGACGCGGUGGGCGAUCACGACUAUGUCGGUCGCACAUCGAUCAAGCUUGAUCCUGUGCACUUCAGUGACUUUCUCCCGAGAGAAUACUGGCUGGAUCUAGAUACUCAGGGCAGAUUGUUACUUCGUGUGAGUAUGGAAGGAGAGCGUGAUGACAUUCAGUUCUACUUUGGCAAAGCCUUCCGAACGUUAAAGCGGACGGAGAGAGACAUGACACGCAAGAUCACGGAAAAGCUAUCUGCGUACAUCAGUCACUGUCUGUCGCGGCGAACGCUCAAGUCCCUCCUUUCGCGAGGGCUCAGCAUAUCCAGCGUAUCCAACUUUCUCAACCGGAAUCGCGCUCAGUCGAGUACCGCCACACCGUCCAGUGCGGAUGUGGAAAAUGCAUUAACACCCUUAUUUGACUACUUCAACGACAACUUUGCUAUCAUGAACAAGACUCUUACAUCCGAAGCGAUGAAAAUGGUGAUGGCACGAUUGUGGAAAGAGGUGCUCGCUACUAUCGAGAGCCUACUUGUGCCCCCUCUGUCAGACAAGCCAUCUCACCAGAAGCCCCUGACAAUGCAAGAGGUCGACAUAGUCGCACGCUGGCUCGUGCUUUUAUUGAAUUUCUUCCACGCGGUAGAUGAGGAGACUGGAGAAGCCCACGGUGUGUCUAUCGAUAUUUUGAAGUCGCCCAAGUACCAUGAGAUCCAGACAUUGAACUUUUUCUAUUUCGAACCCACCGAGAGCUUGAUUCGCACCUCAGAGCGGAUGGCUUCUGCGACAAUCUCGCGCCAACAGGCCAACAAGAACCGCGUCUCAGCACCCCCUCAUCUGGGUGCCUCCGGGCCCGGUAGUGUUCUCGGGCUUCCGGCUGCUCGUCGUGCCAAGAGCAUCAUGCUCUCGCGCAACCUCGGCACGAUGAGGAAGAUGAAAGAGGAGAAAUGGCGCGAAGCCCAAGCAGAGCCAAACGAUGACAUGAUCCUGCGUAUCCUGCGUAUGCGCCCCGAAGCUGCAGGCUAUCUCCGCGAUCGCAGUCGUCAAAAGGAGCGACUGGCAGCGGCGGCAGCGGCAGAUGCCAUCGUUAAACAAAGCCUGAUGGCCGGGGCCGGGGGUAAGAUGACGGGGAUGUUGGGACGCCGAUGAGUGUUUCAAAGCGACCAAUGGAUGACCCGCGGGCAUCCCAUUCGAUUGUCCUUUUUUUCUUGUUGUUUAGGGGGUUGCGACCCCUGCCUUAUCUGCUCAUUCCCACAUUUCGCAUUUUGACAUGAUUCCCACCACCAGUUUGAGUUCAUUUGGUCCAUUUAAUUUUGAUUUUACUUGCAUCUGAGGAAACGGGGGCGCGGGCCUGAGGCUCUGGGGUGAGCUCCGGGUUACUAGCUAAGUCAAACAUAGGGUAAUGAUAGUUAAUCACAG